AUAAAUCGGGAUAUGUGCAAGUGUCCCCGCUUACGAUUCCGUCCCCAUUUGGCCCUUACAGUAGUGGAAAGAUCUAUAGCUAACCAAGACGGACUUACUGUUCAAGCAAUCUCCAGCUAGUGACACAACCGCGGCACCGAUCGGGGAAUAUCAAUCAAUUCUCAUAUCACAUAACACCGCAUAUAGGUCUAAACAUAGCCCGUAAACAGGUAUAACAACCGUAGCACAUUUAUUUUCCCAUUGCCACUUUCGUUACUUAUUAAAAUUCUACAAACAAUGCAGUGUCGCUGCGGUACCGGGACACUGCUUUUUGAUUUUAUAAUGAGCACUCCCCCGUUGCGCGCCGGAGAAAGAACAACCUUCUGCGUCCCUCUCACCUACUAACCUCAACAACAUAGGUAUCUGGGAAAGGUACUUGUCUUGCCGCGUGUUCAUCAUUUCAAUAUUUGACCAUUCAUCACCAAUCUCUGAAGCCGUCGUUGUUAGUCGUGUAUUUUUAUUUUUUAUUAUUCUUUUGGGUGCUGAGAACCGUUUAGUCAUUACAGAGUGCCCAGUAUAGCUAUAACGUAAGAUGGAAACCGACGGAGACGUGCUCCGAGACGGGAAAGGUGUGGCACAUCGCUUAAAAAACGGGAUUAUUGAACUCCUUACCCUAUGCAACGGCAAUGUUUGCUGGAUCAGAAAGGGGUCCUACGGGGUGACCGGGAGAAAGCACCCAUUUGUAUAUAAGAUGGCUCACCGGUCAGUCAUUCUCAGACAGUAGCGAUUGGGAACUGACACUGGUUAGUGAUUUGGUUUUUUUUUGGUUUUGUUCAGUCAGGAUGAUAUAGAAAGUCUCAACGGAGACUGACCUAUAUUCCGCGGUUGAUUUGUGUGCUGAGAAGAUCAGCUCAUUGAGGAAAUGGAAAAAGUGAAGUGGUUGAGCCUAUUCUCAGCAGUGCUAGUGGUUCUUGAUCAAACAUGUGCUUUGUCAACUGUCGGGCGAACAGCGGAUGCACUGAUAGUCGACCCUCAAAAGGUUACGGAGGAAAUUUCAGAUGAAACAAUCAAACAGGAACCAGAUCGGCCUGUCUCGUAUGACGGAGCCCAACUGUGGAGGAUUGAUUUCGAUGAUCAACAAAAGAAGAACACAGUAGCAGAGCUGCAGGAAAAGUUUGAAACCGCUAUGUGGGCCUUCAAUGCCACCUCGGUGGACAUCUUCCUCAAACGUCCAGAGCAGCUUCCUGAGGCCUGUCACUUUCUUCGGAAGGCGAAUGUCCGCUUCAACGUCGUUAUCGAUAAUAUGCAGCGCGCGAUUGAUCAAGAGAAUCCACCCAAGGACCAACUGGAUAUGUGGGAAAAUCGUAAUGGUCAUCGAAUGACAUGGACAGCCUAUCAUCGGUUAGAAGACAUCCACGAAUGGAUGGAGUAUUUGGGCAAGACAUACCCGGAUCUGUGCAGUACCAACAGCAUUGGAAAAUCGUUUCAAGGGCGCGAUAUGAAGGUACUCCGUAUUUCCAACGGCAACCCAUCGAACGCAGCCGUUUGGAUGGACGGUGGUAUUCACGCACGCGAAUGGAUCAGUCCGGCUACGGUUACCUACAUCAUAAACAAUCUGGUCGAGGAAUGGGACGAUCAACCGGAAUACAUUCGAAACAUCGACUGGUACGUGCUUCCGGUGCACAACCCGGAUGGAUACGAAUACACCCACAAGAUUGACAGAUUGUGGCGAAAGAACCGUCGGGCCGUAAAGUUCGGUCCAUGCGCUGGGGUUGAUUUGAAUCGAAAUUACGGAUACAAGUGGGGUGGACAAGGCUCUUCGAAACAACCCUGCUCAGAAAUAUAUGCCGGAUCGGGAGCGUUUUCAGAACCGGAAACGAAGGCUGUGUACAAGUUUAUGCAAAAGUCGGCAGCCGAUUGGAAAGGAUUUCUAACUUUCCAUAGUUACGGCCAAUAUAUUCUGUAUCCGUGGGGGCACGAUAGAUCAGUUCCGCCAGAUCAUUUAGAUCUGAAACGGGUGGGCGACGAGGCAGCUCAGCGAAUGCUUCAAAAAGGAGGUGCUCAGUACACGGUUGGACCGUCGGGAAAUACGCUAUAUCCUGCAGCCGGUGGAUCAGAUGAUUGGGCACGAGGUGCAAUGAAUAUUAAAUUUGUUUAUACUGUAGAACUGAGAGACACCGGUCGCCAUGGGUUCGUUCUUCCGGCAAGCGAGAUUCAGCCAUCCGGACAAGAUGGUUUGUUAAUUAUCGAUUCUAUCGCUAGCGCUAUUUCAAAAUUGUGA